GUUGUUCGCCAUUUGUUAUCGUUUGAGUUCUUCGCUUUAUUGAUAUUUCUUAAUGAAUGGAAAAUAAUUUAUUUUAGACAAUUAUUUUUGGAUAAUGUUAUUUUAGACAUUGUUAUGUUUAUCAAACUCCGUUAUAUAUGUUAUUGUGUGUGAUUAUGUGAUUAUCAAGUCGUCUGUGUUUUUAGAUAAAAGAAAUCAUCAGACAUAUUCAUCUCGUGAAAUUUCUGUGAACAUUUAGAAGAGAAAUAACUAAAAUUGGCUGAAAAAUAUAAGGGAGAUGUUAUCCAUGGUCAACUUGAAAAUAAAAACAAGAUAUUAAAUCUAACAACUUAAUUAUGUGUAAAAAAACUAAAACUUCAUUUCACAUUACGAUAUCAAAUCACCUAUAUUUUGUAUUUGAUUUUGAUUGUCACUUCUUAAUUUGUUUAUCACGAUUCGGGCUUGAUUACUGAACAAGCCACAACUCAAGAGCCCUAAGAUCGGAACAGGCCCAUAACCCAACUAAUUAACACAUGGAAACCAGCCCAGCCCAUCGCAUUUGUCGCGCGUGCGCAGGCGAAAAGGACGUUGAGGGUAUAAUGGAAAUUUCGCGACUUCCUCGUGUGCAGUUUGAGGUCAGAGUCGAGCAGUCGUGGACUCAGCGUGAAUCAUUCACAAACAGACGAAGACGAAGAAGCUUCUCUCUGUGUUUCCCAUCCCUGUAAUUACUCUCUAAUUAUAAUUUGAUAAUAAUUAACCAAUUUUCCUCUUCUUUCUUUAUUGACUUUUUAAUGGGAACGAUCUUCCUUCUUCCUCACAAAUCGGCAGCAAGUCUUCUCCUUCUUCUCCUCUACUUCCUCCCUCUGUGACAAAAGCUGAAAGGUCUCUCUUGUUGUAGACUCCAAUCAAGGUCUUUCUGUUUUUUGGGUGAGAUUCAUACUGGUAAGCGCUCGAUUUCCAACUGGGUAGUUGUUUUUCCUUCGAAAGUCUGUGUCUUUACUUCUGGGUUUUUGGAAUUUUGAUUGCUGAAGUUUGCUUUGAUCUGGGAUGAUAGUUUCGGAAUUCGGAUCAUUUCGGUUUGUUCGAGAGCCCAUUUUGCGUUGAUGAUUGAAUACUGAUGGCUUUUUUUUGGGAUUUGCAGUUCUUUGUGUUGGUUGGUUGGUUUGGGAACGAAUAAUGCGGGCGCCAUCGUUGCUUGCGCAGUGCUGGCCUGGUUUGCUUCCUAAUGAUCGAGGAAGCCAUAGCAUUUCAUGGGUUUCUGAAAAAGAUGCUCAUCUCUCUUCGCCAGCAGUUGAGAUUGUACCUGCAAAGGCACAUCAUACAGACAAGUUUGCGGUGGAGAAUGAUGAACAAGGGGUUAGUGUCUUCAAGGGUAGGAUUAGUGUUGCUGAUAUAAUUGGGUUCACUGGCUCUGACACGAUCUCGUCGAAGCCAGAUGGAUCUAUGAAAUUUUGUGACAGUUCUAUCGAUCUGGUUAAUUUACUCAAGAAUGAGAUCCGUGAUGGGCAACUGAGCUUUAGAGGCAAGAGAGUUCUUGAGCUCAAUUGCAACUAUGGGCUUCCUGGAAUCUUCGCUUGCCUGAAGGGUGCUGCCACAGUCCAUUUCCAAGACUCGAGUGCUGAAACUGUUAGGUGUUCAACCAUUCCCAAUGUCCUGGCCAACCUCGAGCAAGCUCGUGAUAGACAAGCCCGACAACCAGAAUCUCCCCUGACACCAUCAAGACACGCUCUUUCCCCUACUGUCCACUUCUACGCUGGUGACUGGGAGGAACUCCCAAGUGUGCUAUCUGUGUUAAGCAGUGAGACACCUGAAGCAGCAACAACCACAGGGAUGAUGAACUUGAGCUUCUCUGAGGAAGAUUUCAAUGACGGCUGCAGCAGCCAAGAUGGCAGUGUCGUGGCCCCCGAAUCUGCUAGAAGAUCAAGGAAGCUCUCGGGGAGCCGAGCAUGGGAGAGGGCUAAUGAGAGCGAUAAUGGAGAGGGAGGUUAUGAUGUGAUCUUGAUGACCGAUAUCCCAUACUCAGUCAUCCCAUUGAAGAAGCUGUAUGUUUUGAUUAAGAAGUGUCUGAGGCCACCAUACGGAGUGAUGUACUUGGCAACGAAGAGGAAUUACCAUGGUGGGUACAGCAAUGGGGCUAGGCAGCUGAGAGGUUUGGUGGAUGAAGAAGGCUUGUUUGGAGCUCACCUGGUGAAGGAAGCUGCUGAUAGAGAUAUUUGGAAGUUCUUCCUCAAGUGAAGAAAUGAUCAUAAUACCAAGUAGAAGCAACAACUAUACAAAACUUCAUUGUUUGCAGGCUGGCUAACUGGUUAUCUCCUAAUUUCAGACUUCAUAUUUUGUUUUGUUCUUCAGCUAAAACAGGGUUAUCAAUAUCAUACUGAAUGUAUAUUAGGAAUCUCAAAGUAUAUACUGAAACCUUCCCCCCUUUUUCCCUGCCAAAUCCAUCUAAUUGGUUCAGGAAGAAAGGUUAUUAUGAUUCCCUCCCAUUUUUGUAAUUCCCUUUGUUAGUUUUUCACUUGUGAAGUUUUUUCAUGUUUUUAGAUGUAAAUUCAUUCAUUUUAAAAUUGAGAUUGUUAAAUCCAAUGGUUGAGCUAAUGAUACUGAAUAUGUUGUAGUUAUCUUUCCAUACUCUUAUAGAUUAUUUUCCAGAUAACAGGGGAACAAAAAGUAUAUGCCUGG